GUCUAAUUCUAUGGAGAAUGUCCAACCUAUAUGCAGCCAAUUAUCCCUCCAUAUCCGAUGAAACCGGGACAGAAAUAUCUACCUUUCUCCCAUCACAUCAAGAGGUCUGAUAUCUGUCUUGCCGCACCCAUUCUACCAGCCAUGUUUCACACCUGGUACCGCCUGUGCAGAUCUCAAGCAGUAGCUCCCGUGCACUUCUGACGUUCCAUCCCCAGGCUCUGGGGAAUACACCGUGGUAGGCAUGCACGGCAACCAGGAGCCAUAAAUUCUCAUAUUUUGACGGUCUCAGCG